AUGAACCAUGUUUUUCCAGUGGAUCUGAUUGAAAUCAAGGAAAUCCGUCCAGGGAAGAACGCAAAGGACUUCGAGCGUGGGAAAGCCACCCGCCAGAAGGAUGACUGCUGCUUCACUAUAUUCUAUGGAACCCAGUUUGUUCUCAACACACUAAGUUUAGCAGCUGAUUCCAAAGAGGAUGCAUUGAAGUGGCUCUGUGGCUUGAAGAUCUUAACCAAGGAAGUCAAGAAUGCAGCGACGCCGGCGAUUACCGAGAGCUGGCUAAGAAAGCAGAUUUAUUCUGUGGAUCAAACCAGGAGAAAUAGCAUCAGCCUCAGAGAAAUGAAGACUAUACUACCCUUAGUAAACUUCAAAGUAGGCAGUGCCAAGUUCCUGAAGGAUAAGUUUAUGGAAAUAGGAGCUCACAAGGACGAACUUAGCUUUGAGCAGUUCCAUUUGUUCUAUAAAAAACUUAUGUUUGAACAACAGAAAUCAAUCCUUGAUGAAUUCAAAAAGGAUUCUUCGGUGUUCAUCCUGGGAAAUACAGACCGGCCGGAUGCCUCAGCUGUCCACCUGCAUGACUUCCAGAGGUUUCUGCACACUGAACAGCAGGAACAAUGGGCACAAGAUCUUGGUAAAGUCCGGGAACGAAUGACAAAGUUUAUUGACGACACUAUGAGAGAAACUGCCGAGCCGUUUUUAUUUGUUGAUGAGUUCCUCACCUACCUUUUUUCAAAAGAAAAUAGCAUCUGGGAUGAAAAGUAUGACGUGGUAGAUGUUCAGGAUAUGAACAAUCCUUUAUCUCAUUAUUGGAUUUCUUCAUCACAUAACACGUACCUCACCGGGGACCAGCUCCGAAGUGAAUCUUCCCCGGAAGCCUAUAUCAGGUGCCUGCGGAUGGGAUGCCGAUGCAUUGAGUUGGACUGCUGGGAUGGCCCUGAUGGAAAGCCAAUCAUCUAUCAUGGAUGGACACGGACCACGAAGAUCAAGUUUGAUGAUGUGGUACAGGCCAUCAAAGACCAUGCUUUUGUGACCUCAGAUUUCCCGGUGAUCCUCUCUAUCGAAGAGCACUGCUGUGUGGAGCAGCAGCGCUACAUGGCAAAGGUUUUCAAGGAGGUAUUUGGGGAUGCCCUCCUCAUGCGGCCCACCGAAGCCAGUGCCGAUCAGUUGCCGUCCCCGACCCAGCUGAAAGAGAAAAUCAUCAUCAAGCAUAAAAAGCUGGGCCCGAGAGGAGAUGUGGAUGUCAACAUAGAAGACAAGAAAGAGGAGAAGAAGCAACAAGGGGAACUGUACAUGUGGGAUUCCAUAGAUCAGAAAUGGUAUCGGCAUUAUUGUGCCAUCGCAGAUGAGAAGCUUUCUUUCAGUGAUGAUAUAGAGCAGAGCGUGGAGGAAGAUUCCCCAAAGGAUGUAGCCCAGACUGAUCUGCAUUUUGGUGAAAAGUGGUUUCACAAGAGAAUGGAGAAGAGGACAAGUGCUGAGAAGCUGCUUCAGGAAUACUGCGCAGAAACUGGGGGCAAAGACGGAACCUUCCUAGUCCGGGAAAGUGAAACAUAUCCCAAUGACUACACACUGUCAUUCUGGAGAUCUGGCCGAGUCCAGCACUGCCGCAUUCGGUCCAUCGUAGAGGGCGGCACCAUGAAGUACUACCUGACUGACAACCUCAUGUUCAGCAGCAUCUACGACUUGAUCCAACACUAUCGGGAGGCUCACCUGCGGUGUGCCGAGUUCGAGCUGCGUCUAACCGAUCCGGUGCCCAACCCCAACCCGCAUGAAUCCAAACCCUGGUAUUACGACGACUUGAGCCGAGGAGAAGCUGAAGACAUGCUGAUGCGAAUUCCCCGAGAUGGAGCCUUUCUGAUUAGGAAAAGAGAAGACGCAGAUUCGUACGCCAUUACGUUCAGGGCAAAGGGAAAAGUGAAGCACUGUCGGAUUAAUAAAGACGGGCGCCAUUUUGUCCUGGGAACUUCAGCCUACUUUGAAAGUUUGGUGGAGCUGGUUAACUACUAUGAAAAACACGCACUCUACAGAAAAAUGAAACUGCGCUAUCCAGUGACGCGGGAGCUGCUGGAGCGUUAUAACACGGAAAGGGAUAUAAACUCACUUUAUGACGUCAGGAUGUAUGUGGACCCUAGUGAGAUUAAUCCUUCAACGCCUCAGAGAACUGUGAAGGCUUUAUAUGACUACAAAGCUAAACAAGAAGAUGAACUGAGCUUUUGCAGGGGAGCCUUGAUUCACAAUGUAUUGAAGGAAGAAGGAGGCUGGUGGAAAGGGGACUACGGUGGAAGGCUUCAGCAGUAUUUUCCAGCAAAUUAUGUUGAAGACAUAUCAACAGUUGACUUUGAAGAGCUUGAAAAGCAGAUUAUCGAAGACAAUCCUUUAGGGUCUCUGUGCAGGGGCAUUCUGGACCUCAAUGCCUAUAAUGUUGUGAAAGCCCCACAAGGCAGAAAUCAAAAGCCUUUCGUCUUUAUCUUGGACCCCAAGAAGUCCGACGACCCUCCAGUCGUGUUCGCGACUGACAGAGUGGAAGAACUGUUCGAGUGGUACCAGAGCAUCCGAGAGAUCACCUGGAAGAAUACAACUGUGGAGAACAACAUGAAGUACUGGGAGAAGAACCAGUCCAUUGCCAUAGAACUGUCCGACCUGGUCGUCUACUGCAAACCAACUAGCAAAACCAAGGAUAAUUUGGAAAAUCCUGACUUCCGGGAAGUACGUUCUUUUGUGGAAACUAAGGCCGACACCAUCGUCAGGCAGAGGGCAAAUGAGCUCUUGAAAUACAAUCAAAAGGGACUGACUCGAGUUUACCCUAAAGGACAGAGAGUCGACUCCUCCAAUUACGACCCCUUUCGUCUGUGGCUCUGCGGCUCUCAGAUGGUGGCUUUGAAUUUCCAGACAGCAGACAAAUACAUGCAGAUGAACCACGCCCUAUUCUCCCUCAGUGGGCGGACCGGAUACGUCCUGCAGCCGGAAAGCAUGAGAAAUGAAAACUACGACCCGACGCCAUCGGAAUCGCAGCGAAAAAUGCUCAUGACUCUGACGGUGAAGGUCCUUGGGGCUCGCCACCUGCCCAAACUUGGCAGAAGCAUCGCCUGCCCAUUUGUGGAGGUGGAAAUCUGUGGGGCCGAAUACGAUAACAAUAAAUUCAAGACAACGGUUGUGAAUGAUAAUGGUCUUAAUCCCGUCUGGGCUCCCACACAUGAGAAAGUGACGUUUGAGAUUUACGAUCCCACUUUGGCCUUCCUGCGUUUUGUGGUUUAUGAGGAAGAUAUGUUCAGUGAUCCCAACUUCCUUGCUCAUGCCACGUACCCCAUCAAAGGAAUCAAAUCAGGGUUCAGAUCCGUCCCUCUCAAAAAUGGUUACAGUGAGGACAUCGAGCUAGCUUCCCUGUUGGUUUUCUGUGAGAUGCGCCCAGUUCUGGAAAGCGAGGAGGAGCUCUACUCGUCAUGCCGCCAGCUGCGAAGGCGGCAAGAAGAACUGAAUAACCAGCUUUUCCUUUACGACACCCACCAAAACUUGCGAAACGCCAACCGAGACGCUCUGGUGAAUGAGUUCAAUGUAAAUGAGAAUCAGCUGCAGCUGUAUCAGGAGAGGUGCGACAGGAGAUUAAGGGAGAAGAGAGUCAGUAACAGCAAGUUCUACUCAUAGAAUGAAGCUGCAUCUUUGUGAGUGUGUGCAUGUGUGUUUGCCUUUUCCAAAGUCCCUCAGAAGACACCCACCUGUGAAGCCCACUCCUGCUGCCAAGCUUUCAUCUACAGCAAUGUUAUGCGGAAGUACCGGGACUCAGUCCAUUCAUUUCCUGUCCCAUGCAGUCUUUUUAUUUUAUCCUAUUUUUUUAAGUUAUAUUCCCUGUUGUAAAGCAGACAUCCUGCUUGUUCGUUUUUGGCCCCCUGGGGCCACAGGUCUCAGGAAUCAAGAAAAUUAUAAAGUGCCAUCAGUAAAACACCCUGGGAACGGCACAUGGAGAAGGAAGUUUUGAUCUCUUCUCUAAGGCUAUUCUAGCGAACCCAAUUCAUUGAUUCCAACCAAAAAUGAGCAAGGAUGGUCGGCAGUGAAUUGGUCAGAUGGUAGAAUUGGGGUUUUGUUGAAAAAGGAACGCUUUGUCCUUCCUAAUCUCUCAUCCACUGAGAGGAUUUUGUCGACGCAAACCCUCGGCUUGGUGUGGAGGAGAUGCAGGCCGGUAGCUGGAAUCCUCUGGGCUGAGCAUCACCCCGAAACUGUCUGCUUGAAGUGGGGACCUAGGGUGACGGCGGGGAUCAGCCCUUCGGCCACUACCAGAGAGCUGCCCUCUCCUUCCAGCUGUCGGGUGAGGGCCAUGCCUGGGCUCUGAGGGAUGCUCACCUACCAGCAGUCGGGGGAGGGGGUGUUAUGGGGCGGACCAGGACCUGGCUAUUUAGCCAGAUGCUGGCCUGCAGGAGUGGUGGAACUGGGUGGCUCAUCGGGCCCUCCGGAAUCGACGGCGGGGCAGGAUCACCUCAGCGGAGAUUGAACCCUUGGAAACCGGGAACUUUCAAGAGAGCCCACGGUGCCUAGGAGAAGUGGUAACGGGAGCCAAACUUCCCUCAAACCCACCCUUUUCCCGAGAACGGCUCAUAGUGCUUCGAGCCCCUUUAUGGCGUUAGCCUGUGACUGAGCUCAGCAUUUGUGUCAGCCUUUUGCUAAGGAUUCGGCGACCAUUGCGGUGGGCAUCCCUUUAUUGGGGCGGGUGAAACUUUUCUUCUUCACAUCAGAGACAGGGCCCAAGUUUGAGGGAACCUCACCACCCCCAGCCCCAUACUCACUCUCCAGCAAUGUACAGACUCCUGGUGAUGGCAUGGCCCGAGAACAGCUUGGAAUGGUUUUCUGAUUUAUUUCUUUUUCCUGAUCCUCUCCCCGACGUCCUUUGUGGUAAUUGGGGAAAGUGGAAGGAAGCUGUAAAAGGACUACUGUUCUCCAACUUCCCAAGUUAUUUAACUAAUGUGCACAAAGAGUUGGGCUAGAGGAAAGGCAGACAGCGUCCCUGAAAUAAUUUUCCAGCAAGGGAAUUCAUUGCACCCCAGGCCUGUUCUUUGUUGGCUAACGUCCAUGGACUCAUUUUUUUUUUAAUGGUAUUUGUUAAGCACUUACCAUGUGCCAGGCACCGUUCUAAGCCCUGGGGUAGA